GGACCUCACUCAGAUUCCUGAUGUGGACAUAGACUCAGAUGGCGUCUUCAAGUACGUGCUGAUUCGAGUCCACUUAGCAUCGCCCUCCGAGGAUCCGACGAAGGAGUGCAAGGAAAUCGUGCGUGGAUACAAAUGGGCAGAGUACCACGGGUUAUGGUCGUGCCCAGCACUCGGUUUCAACUGAGAAGAUCAAAGCCAAGUAUCCUGAUUAUGAGGUCACCUGGUCUGACGAUGGCUACUGAGGCCCUGCUCCCCAGCAACUAAGUCAGGACUCUGCUCUUGCUGUGUCGUCUCCUGAAGGACUGGCCCCGUGCUUCCCUUUUGUACUUUUGGCAGCAUGCCACCUGCCAGGCCUCGGAAGCCAGAACAGUCUGCUCCAUAGGAAUUAAAAGCUUUGAUAAGCCUGCUAGUCCCUGACUUGUGUCUUAGCUUUGCUACCUUUGGGUUGCCCCAGGAUAUACCAGCUCCGCUCCAGGAGGCCCUGGGGACUGUUGGUGCAUACUCAGCCCUUUGGAUUCAGAUAAGGGGCCCCUGAGUUGCUGCCAUUUAUGGCCUGAUUGCUCCUCCAUGAAGCUGCUAUCCCCAAGGACAUCUAGGAAGAGGCCCCACAAGAUCUUGCACAAGAAAUCAGUUCCUGGGGUGCCCACAGGUGCCCCCUUCCUGUAGUUCUAGGAAUGCCAACAGGAAGGGGUCCUGGCACCACUCUCCUGGCUAGCUGAUAGGCUGGCUGCAUUGUGCAUCUGUUUCAGUCCCAGCCCUGAAUGGUCAGCCAACAGGGAAGGAUCACUGUACCCACAACCCUUAAGACCCUGCGGCUGCACACUAACUGCCUGUGCCUACUCACUCAGGAUCUCUGACCUCGUAUGUGUCUUAGUCCCUGGGCCAUUCACACCCCCUGAGCCUAAGUCUCUGUACCAAUGCCACCUCACUGAACAGGGUAGGGACAAGCUUAAUCCCUGCUCUAAGAAGUCCCAGUGCACAGUGUGCCAUUAUAGUGGGUACUAGGGAAAGCCAGGGCUGGGGGAAUCCCUUACCACACACUUGGGCCAACCUUUGUUUAGCUCAUGACGUCCCUGUAGACUGCAAGUAGACAUUACUGAGAUACUCUUGUAUAGGCCAGCAGACAGGCUCAGGUGAGACAAGCCCCAAGGUCACAGUAAAAUAAGUCGGAGGCAGAGUCUAGCUCCAUGUAACAAGCGCUUCAAACCUCCGACAUCCCUCCUGCCUCAACUGUGGGGAAAUGAGCUUGCGUGUUCAUCAAGACUUUCCUAUCGUGGGCCACCUAGCACAUGGCUGCUCGGGACAGGUUUUAAAGGCGAAUAGGAGGCUAAAGAUGGAGCUCGGUUGGUUGGAGUGCUUGCCUGGUAUACACGAAAUCCCCGUGUCCAGUCUGGAGUACUGUAUAAGCUAAGUGUGGCAAAGAUGUCUUUAAUCUUAGUACUUGAGAAGUGGAGGCAGGGGGAUCAGAAGUUAUCCCCAUAGUAAGUUCAGGGCAGCCUGGGCCACAUGAGACCUUGUCACAUACGCACGCGCACACACGCACACACACCAGAAUAGUUGGCAGGGUGACACAGCUUGAGUUGCAGGUGGUAUCCUGACAUGGGACUUGUUCUGGUCCACAGAGGCAGGCUGUCGAUGCUGGACUUCUCCUGCUCUGAUCCCCUGAGCACAGAGUGGAGGAAGCCAUGUGCAGCCCUCGAGUAGACUGCCCUGACAUCUUUGGCCCGCACCAGGGCGGGGCUGAAGGUCCCAUCUGAGAAUCUUAGAGCCUUGCAAGUGGGGUCCCCAACCUCUCCACAUUCCAAUAGAAGCUUCCAGUGGGAAGGGCAGGGCAGGGCUGGGUGGAUGCACAGGAUGCCCAUGACCUGACCUUUGGUCAGAAAGAGCCAAGCAGGGCCCCCUUCUAGAGCCACUUUUACAGCCGAUGCUCGGCCUGUCAUCACUGGAUGGGACCCAGCCGAGGGGCUGCAGGUAUAAAGGAGCUGAGCCCUUUCCACUGAGAGCUAAGUCAGCCUGUGAGGCCACUGUAGACUGAUCACUGAGUAAAGGCUCCUCUAGGCUACACAGCCUCACUACCACCGGGACAUCCUCCCUCCAUCCUGGCCAUGCACCUGCCUAGCCACCUCCUUUCAACUGUGGCCCUAUUUAUGGGUAAGUAAACUACUGUCUGGACCCAGUUGGUGUCAGGGCAGAUACAGGAACUUGUCAGAAGCGGGUUGUCUACAAUGAGGGCAUCCAAGACAAGCCAAUGGGCUUGAUAGCCCAUGUAAAUCUUAUCUCGCUGUCCUAGAGGAGAGGCCACGGGCCAUCAUAGGUGACCAUCUACCCAGCUCUCUGAGAGCCUUUGCCUGCCACUUUCCCAUAGUGGAACAUGUGGAAGUUCCUUGGUCAUAUUCAGUGUGUCUUUGUUUGUUUUGUUUUGGUUUUUUGAGACAGGGUUUCUCUGUGUUACAAUCCUAGCUGUCCUGGAACAAACUCUUGUAGACCAGGCUGGCCUCAAACUCACAGAGAUCCGCCUGCCUCUGCCUCCCGAGUGCUGAGAUUAAAGGCAUGCGCCACCACCGCCCAGCUCAGUAUGUCUUUUGGGGGAGUGGGGAGACCCUACUUACUGGAAACACUUCCAAUUCCUAGUCAUGUGGGCUUCUGUGCCUUCCAUAUGGGGUGUUUCUUGUUAAGAGCCCUUUCCCCUCCCUGGCAUGCAGGGGCUCUGUGGGACUAGGAAGGGGAGUGCAUUUUGUCUGCUUUUGAUGUAGAGCCUCAGUGGCAGUUCUUAGCAGAUGCCAGGUUCCUCUCUAUGUGAUCUCAUAGGGCUUAACCCUGAAGUCAGUCGGGUCUGGGGUUUCUCUGUACAUAGAAUUUAUGCUGCUCAAAAUGGCCACUGAUAGCUGGCAAGAUAUCAGUGGCUCAGAAGGUAAAGACACUUGCUGUCAAGCCUGAUGGCGUUUGUGCAAUCCCUGGGCCCCACAUGGUGGAAGGAAAUAAAUGGUUCCCACCUCAGUUGUCCUCUGACCUCCACACCUGUUGCGUAGCACAUACAUGUACACACAUACAUACAUAUAUGUCCCUUUGCCCUUCGUUCACUUGGUUCUUACUCUGCCAGCUGUGCAGUCCCUAGGCAAGACCUGGGUCCCCCGCCACUGCAGAAGUCCCGUCGAAGCUGUAUGCAACUUUGUGUGUGACUGUGGAGACUGUUCAGAUGAAGCCCAGUGUGGUUUCCACGGUGCCUCGACCUCCCCGAGUAGCCCUUUCUCCUGCAGCUUCGAGCAGGACUCCUGUGGCUGGCGGGAUAUCAGCACCUCAGGCUACAGCUGGCUUCGAGACCGGGCAGGGGCAGUGCUGGGUGGUCCUGGGCCUCAUUCUGACCACACACACGGCACUGACUUGGGCUGGUACAUGGCUGUGGGAACCCACCAUGGGAAGGAGGCGGCCACCGCGACUCUGCGCUCCCCUGUCAUGCGUGAGGCAGCCCCUACCUGUGAACUGAGGCUCUGGUACCACACAGCUUCUCGAGAUGCUGCUGAGCUUCGACUGGAGCUGAUUCAUGGUGUGGAGACACUGACCCUGUGGCAGAGCUCAGGACCCUGGGGUCCUGGUUGGCAGCGGCUGGCAGUGAACACUGGCCGUGUCCAGGGUGACUUCAAAGUGACAUUUUCUGCCACCCGAAAUGCCACACACAGGGGUGCCGUGGCCUUGGAUGACGUGGAGUUCCGGGACUGUGGGCUGCCUGUGCCUCGGGCCAGCUGCCCCCUGGGACACCACCACUGCCAGAACAAGGCCUGUGUGGAGCCCCACCAGCUGUGUGACGGCGAAGACAACUGUGGGGACAGAUCUGACGAAGACCCGCUCAUCUGCAGCCACCACAUGGCCACUGACUUUGAGACGGGCCUGGGACCAUGGAACCAGUUGGAGAACUGGACCCGGAACUGCAGUGCUGGCAGCGUGGUGAGCCCUGCCUGGCCCCACCGAGAUCACAGCCGGAACAGUGCAUAUGGGUUCUUCCUAGUCUCUGAGGCCAAGCCUGGCACCGCUGCCAUCCUCUUUAGCCCUGAGUUCCAAGCCUCAGUCCCCUACAACUGCUCGCUCACCUUCUAUUACUACCUGCAUGGGUCUGAGGCCAGCCGCUUCCAGCUGUUCCUGCAGGCACAGGGGCUCAACGCCACCCAGGCUCCUGUCCUCCUGCAGAGCCACCGUGGAGAGCUGGGGACAGCCUGGGUCAGAGACCGGGUUGACAUUCAGAGUGCCCACCCAUUCCGAAUCCUCCUAGCUGGGGAGACUGGUCCAGGAGGCAUUGUGGGCUUGGAUGACCUCAUCAUAUCCAACUACUGCAGACUUGCUCCCGGUGAUAUGCCCAAGGCCCUCCCCUGGCCUGCCCAGGUAAAGCCAGGUCCUCAACCACUCCAGCCCGUCCCCAGUCCUACUCCAGGUGUGUCCACUCUGCAGUCACCAUGCUCUGUCCCCAGACAUCCAUCAGGCUGGCCCAGAAAGCCUGCGAGCCAGGGCAUCUCUCCUGUGGAGAGCUGUGUGUGCCCCCGGAGCAGCUUUGUGAUUUCCAGCAGCAGUGCGCUGAGGGCGAGGAUGAGUGGAAGUGUGGUGAGGCCGGGCAGAGCCUGGGUUCCGCGUGUGCAGGGGGCCCGGGCAGGCCAGGGAUCUGGGCUUUGCUGCCUUGCGGAGCAGGCUACUGUUGUUGCAGGCACCACAGACUUUGAGUCCGCCUCUGCUGGGGGCUGGGAGGACAUCAGUGUUGGAAAGCUGCAAUGGCAACGGGUUGAAGUCCAGAACGGGAAGCCUGCCAGGGAUGCCAACUGGGAUGUUCCUGGGCACUUCCUGUCUCUGCAGAAGGCCUGGGGGCAGCUAAGAUCUGAGGCCCGGGCUCUCACACCUGCCCUGGGCCCCUCUGGUCCUCACUGUGAACUCCACAUGGCCUACUGUUUUCACAGUCAUCCCCAAGGUUUCUUGGCACUGAUUGUGGUACAGAAUGGCUUCCGGGAGCUGGUGUGGCAGGCCCCAAGCAGCAGCAGUGGGGGAUGGACGGUGGAGAAGGUUCUUCUUGGAGCACGCCAUCGACCAUUCCAGCUGGAGUUCGUCGGUCUGGUGGACUUGGAUGGCCCUGGCCAGCAGAGGGCUGGGGUGGAUAAUGUGACCCUGAGAGACUGCGACCCCACAGUGACCACUAAGAGUGACCAAGAGGUCUCCUGUAACUUUGAACGGGACUCAUGCAGCUGGCACACAGGCCACCUCACAGAUGCCCACUGGCACCGUGUAAGAAGCCAUGGCUCUGAGUAUGACCACACCACUGGCCAAGGUUUCUUCAUGUUCCUGGAUCCCACAGACCCACCUGCUCGUGGACAAGGUGCUCUCUUGCUUACAAGACCCCAGGUGCCGCUUGCCCCCAAGGAAUGUCUCAGCUUCUGGUACCAUCUGUAUGGGCCCCAGAUUGGGACACUGCGCCUGGCCAUGAGGAAGGAUGGGGAGGAAGACACACUACUGUGGUCCAGGUUGGGCACCCAUGGCAACCGCUGGCACCAGGCUUGGGUCACUCUUCACCACCAGCUAGAGGCCAGAACCCAGUACCAGGGUUGGCCCCCGCCAAUUACCACUCUCUACCCUCAGCUGCUGUUUGAAGGCCUCCGGGAUGGGUACCAUGGCACAAUGGCCCUGGAUGACAUAGCUGUGCGGCCAGGUCCCUGCUGGGCCCCCAAGAGCUGUUCCUUUGAAGACUCUGACUGCGGCUUCUCUCCUGGGGGCUUAGGGCUGUGGAAGCUCCAGAGUAAUGCCUCAGGCCAUGCUCCUUGGGGUCCUUGGAUAGACCAUACCACAGAAACAGCCCAAGGGCACUACAUGGUGGUGGACACCAGCCCAAAUGUACUGCCCAAGGGUCAUGUGGCCUCUCUGACCUCAGAGGAGCACCAGCCCCUGACCCAGCCUGCCUGCCUGACCUUCUGGUACCAUUUUAGCCUUCAUAACCCAGGCACCCUGAGGGUCCACGUGGAAGAGGGCACAAGGCGUCAGGAGCUCAGCAUCAGUGCCCACGGUGGAUUUGCCUGGCGUCUGGGCAGUGUGAAUGUGCAGGCUGAGCAGGCCUGGAGGGUAGUGUUUGAGGCUGUGGCCGCAGGUGUGGAGCGUUCCUACAUGGCUCUGGAUGACCUCCUCCUCCGAGAUGGGCCCUGUGCUCAGCCAGGGUCCUGUGACUUUGAAUCUGGCCUGUGUGGGUGGAGUCACCUGGCUUGGCCCAGCCUAGGUGGGUACAGCUGGGACUGGAGCAGCGGAGCCACCCCAUCGCGCUACCCCAGACCCACAGUGGACCAUACCCUGGGUACAGAGGCAGGCCACUUUUCUUUCUUUGAAACCAGCGUGCUCGGUCCUGGGGGCCAAGCAGCCUGGCUGCGCAGUGAGCCACUGCCAGCAACCACAGCCUCCUGCCUCCGCUUCUGGUACUACAUGGGCUUUCCUGAGCAUUUCUAUAAGGGCGAGUUGAAGGUGCUUUUGAGCAGUGCCCGAGGCCAGCUAGCUGUGUGGAGCCAGGGAGGGCGCUUGCGGCACCAGUGGAUACGAGCCCAGAUCCAAGUGUCCAGCUCUGAGGAGUUCCAGAUUGUUUUUGAAGCCACUCUGGGUGGCCAGCCAGCUCUGGGGCCCAUAGCCCUAGAUGAUGUGGAGUACUUGGCAGGACAGCACUGCCAGCAGCCUGCACCUAGCCAGGGUGAAAUGGCAGCAGCUGUGUCUGUGCCAGUUGCUGUUGGAGGGGCCCUCCUCUUCUUCGUGUUCCUGGUGCUCCUGGGCCUUGGGGGUUGGCGUUGGCUACAGAAGCGCUUCCCCUUUCAUAGGAGUACAGAUACAGCAUCCUCUGGUUUUGACAAUAUCCUCUUCAAUGCGGUAGGAACCCCCAGAUGUGGGCAAGUGGGAGAUUCUGUCUCCAUGCUGGAUGAUGGGAAAGCAGUGGUGGGCUGGAUUCGAGAAGAGGCACCUUGCCCUACCUGUUCAGGUCCAGGCUGUCUUUCAACGGCAGUUGUCCAAUAUUCCUCCUUCUUCCUAGGAUCAAGUUACCCUCCCAGAAUCCAUCACCAGCAGCUCCCCAACCAGACAAGGCCUGGACCCUUGUGCCAACUCCCACAGCAUUCAGCCCUCAGAUGCCUAACCUCUUCUGUUUGGGCCUGGAUGUACGGAUUGGGUCAUGCUGCUCUUCCUCCAUCUGGUGACUUUGCCCUCUGGUGUGAUCAAGGGUAGAGGGAUCCCUGCACUGUGAAUAAAUGUUCUUCACCAGUGAGAGCAACCCAAGCUUUCAGACUGCAUUUCAUAUACACUGUACUUGGCAGGCAUGAUAUAUCAUGGCUGCCAGGGUUCAAGACCAGAGACAAAAUUCAGGGAGUGGAUGUGGAACCCCCUCAUUGCUUUUGGUGCAGCUCAGAAAUUACAGGAUUCACCACCCUAGCCAGCAAGGAAUGGGCUCUGCUUCUAACUUACCAGGUGAUUUUGUGCCUUGAGGAUGGGAUCACCCCAUAGAUGCAGGAAAAUGGGAGUGUAAGAGCAACUGGACAUGGUGCCAUGAAACUGGUAUGGUGAGAAAUGCCACCUCAGAUAAAGGCCUGGAUAGCCCUUGGGCUGCAAGUGGUGGCACUGAGGUCAGUGGGUAUGGCCAUCAUGUCUUACAGCAGGAUCGGACUAAAGACGUGAGAAGAGAUCUGGGGCUGCCACCCUGGCCCAGGAUCCUGGUGAUGUGCUGGUGACACUCCUGUUCCAGGAACAGUUUCUGAAGUGCCAUCUUCCACAUAAAGCCUCAGCUGUGGCCUCACUGAGGACUGAGGGCCCUGAGGGAAGGGGCAUGGACACCCACACCUCAGCAAUCAGGAGCUCCUUUCCUGUCCAAGGAAACCUGUCCUUGCCAUAGAUACCGUUAUGUUCCAAGCUAGGCUUCUGUCUGUCCAAAACCAAGCUCCAUGGGAAAGAGGUGGUGGGACAUGGUGCGAGCGGACAUGGUACCACCCUUUAUCUUCAGGUAUCACAGAGCUGACUGAUGCCCACUUCUCUGAGCAGAUAGGGAAAGAACUUUCAAAUUCCUCGGAUCCCUGUGAGGUAUCUACCACGAAGGAUGCCUGCUUUUAUCCCCUACAACAUGAUCUACAAUGAAGAGAGAACUGGGGACUGCAGAAUGCUAGGCUCUGCUUCUCUCCAGCAGAACACGGGUGAUUAGAAGACAAU